GCAAUAACCACGUCAGCUAUCUCCGGUUUCUUCUAGCUCACUAUCAGUUCCACUUCAAAUCUUCUACUUAUGUUCUAUUAUUGCUAGACUUUAGUAAAGCAGAAUAAUCGAAUACAUAGGUUAAAUUAAGCCUAGUAUAGGUGUAGAGAACUUGUCGGAGAGACCUAAGCAGCACUCGGCCGUAACAACACUUGUGCCGGACACGGUCGGGAUGAUAGUUCUCCGAGAUGAAGGCGUCGCCAAUAUGAUACUAAUCCCUCAACAGUAGUAAUAAUUCCUGCGCACCAGCUUGCGGCUCAUACAAGAUGGCUGCUUUUGCAGAAAACUUAGAUACCAACACUCGGCUCUGCCACAAUAACGCUUUUCAGAACCAGACACAGCUCCCAUCACCUCGACCAUAGCUAUGAUUUCUGCCCUCGAAGUUUUUCUCUUGACGAGUAGCCUGAUACUUGCGUCAGGGGCAAUACCAAGAGGACUAAGUCGCGCAGAGAAUCUGACAUGUCAGUUCAACGUAGGCCUUGAUACCUCGGAUGUUGCAAACAUCAGCUAUGUGCGCAUGAUGAAGAACGUCAAACUUCCUGUUUCCAGAACGACAUACCGCUACGCCAUCAAUCCCCCAUUCGACAAGGAAAAGCCAUACCUCUUGUUCCUUCACGGCUUCCCAGAUACUUCGUAUGGUUGGGUCAACCAGAUCGAAUACUUUACCAGGCGCGGCUACGGCAUCAUAGCCCCAGACCUUCUAGGCACUGGUGGUACAGACAAGCCCAUCGAACUGGAAGCUUAUAGUCUGAGGACAAUGGCAUCUGACAUUGCUGAACUGCUCGACUGCGAAGGUCUUGAUAAGAUAAUCGCAGUUUCGCAUGACCUCGGAGCUUAUGUACUCUCCCGCUUUCACACGUACCAGUCUCAGUACCUCUCAGCUCUUGCAUUCUUGGAUAUCGGCUACAACUCACCCGGCACAGACGUUAACCAAACCUUCGUGGAGGCUUAUAACAACAUUUCACAAGCAACAUUCGGAUACCCCAUUCUCGGGUACUGGUACUUCUUUGAUCAACCAGACGCGCACGUCCUUUUGGAUGCACACUUGGAUUCUCUAUACUCUCUGGCGUACUCGUUCAAUGCACCGAAAGUAAUGAUGGAGAAUUUCAACACGAUCGGUGCACUUCAAGAGUGGCUAGCAGCUGAUAGAAAGGCGGAAUAUGGCAAUGACUUUAUCACCAACUCGACUCGAGAGCAAUGGAAAACCAUCGUCCGCGCACAGGGAGGCGUUGAGGCAAAUCUGAAAUGGUACAAAUCUUACUUGCGGGGUAUCAACUCGGUUGACGAGGACGAGAUUCGAUUGAUGUCCGGAAUCAUUGAGCAGCCUAGUCUGUUCAUCGCGGCCGAGAGGGAUUCCGUCGGUAUUCCGUCGGAGCAGUUACGUUCUACGCUGCCAUACGCUCCGGGAAUGCAGAUUAGAACUGUUGAUGCUGGCCAUUUUCUUCAUAUAGAGCAAGCUGAUGAAGUCAAUGAGGCACUCUACGACUUCAUACAGGGCCUUCAAUAGGUGGAUACCAAGGUAGCAACGGGAUCAGUUGUUGCUAUAGACCAGAUCUAAUAUUGGCGGAAGGCUGGGGUGAUUAGCUCCUCUUUUUCUUUAAGAUAGUGUAGUCAGAAUGCUUGUUAUGAUGGGAAGAGGUUGUUUGGUGAUUACCCCUUUCUAUGUGCGAACACAUAUACUUGCGGAACGAGAGUCCACCUUAUACAAGCAAGACGCUGAACAGGUCUGCAGCCUACAUCAACAUAGAGACCUGCAAAGUAGAUAGCCUAACGUUGAUGUAGGCUCCAGACCUACUUAGUGUUUUCCUAGGUUGACGUGGGUCCGCGAUGCUUGUAGUUUGUUCACGACUAUCUGGACCGACAGUGACUGAUUGACGCGAGGUUACGCGGCGAUACAAGCCUAGAGAUAGGUACAAUGAAGCGUUUUGGU